AUGAUCAUAAUGGCAACGAGUCCAACAGUUUCUAAUAAUAUUUCGAAUUCCUCAUCGUCCACAAAAACAUCUUCGACACCUGCAUCAUCACCACCUGCAACAACAUCAUCAAUAAUGUCAACAACAGUAACAAACAAUUCAACAUCUCCAUCAAUUAAUGAUCGUGUGAUGAAAAACAUUCCAUGUCCGCCAAAUACACGUUUAACUGCAUAUGAUGUAUUCGAUUCACGUGGAAAGCCUCGCGUUGAUACUCUCAAAGCACAUUUCAUAGCUGAAGGACGUGUUACUGAAGAUGUAGCUCUCAAAAUAAUUGAAGAUGGUGCCAAAUUAUUACGACAAGAGAAAACUAUGAUUGAUGUUGAAGCACCGAUAACUGUAUGUGGUGAUGUUCAUGGACAAUAUUUUGAUUUGAUGAAACUAUUUGAAGUUGGUGGUUCACCAGCAACAACGCGAUAUUUAUUCCUUGGUGAUUAUGUUGAUAGAGGUUAUUUUAGUAUUGAAUGUGUUCUGUAUUUAUGGUCAAUGAAAAUUCUUUAUCCAACAACAUUUUUCCUUUUACGCGGUAAUCAUGAAUGCCGACAUUUAACUGAAUAUUUCACUUUCAAAACCGAAUGUAAAAUCAAAUAUACCGAACGAGUUUAUAAUGCAUGUAUGGAAGCAUUUGAUUGUUUGCCAUUAGCGGCACUGAUGAAUGGCCAUCGUUGGUUAUUGCCAAAAGGUGAAAUGACUCGUGAAGAACUUUCGCAAUUAUUAUUGGUUUAUAUUGGCAUCGCUGCAGAUAUAAUUGAAUUCUUCGAAGUUUUCAGAGAGAAAGAAGUCCGAACGAAUAUUAAAUUAAGCGUAUUAGUUCUUCUUCUAUGGACAUUUAGUUUACUGCAAUUCUGUUUGGCAUUCACCAUUUCGCGUGGUCGGAAAAGUCGUCUAGUCAUCAAAGAAGAACUCGAGAGACGCUUCUUUUGUAGUCCAUCGGACUUCUGGGGCAUGUUAAUGUCAUUAUUUCUUCAAGAUAUUCCAUUUUUUUGUUUCCGUGCUGUACUCAUAUUUCAUUAUCAUAUUCUGUCUUAUUCCACGGUGUUUUUCACUUCCAAAAAUGGUUUAAUCAUUAUUCUUCAAUGGUAUCGCAUCACAGUCAUAUUAGCCACAACCAUUUCACAAGGACGACGACAUCAGGGAGGAUUAGUUGAAGUUAUACAGAUGAACACGAACGACAAACGAUCUGGGACAAAUGAGAGUAAUCGUCUGAGUGUAGAAAUAUGA